AUGGCAACCAGCUCUUCCUCCCAAAGGAUUGGAGUAGUCGGAUUUGGACACCUAGGGCAGUACCUUGUGGAGAAGAUCCUCAAAGAUGGACCUGCUCUUGGUUUAACGCUGGCUUUUGUCUGGAACAGAAAUCCUGACAAGCUCAAGGGUUCAGUUCCUGCUGAGCUCAUACUGGAUGAUCUGUCGUCCUUUGCAGACAGGCGGUGUGAUGUGAUCAUAGAGGUGUGCCAUCCUCAGAUAGUGAAAGAAUUUGGGCUCCAUUUUCUGUCUCGGUCUCAUUUCAUGGUGGGCUCCCCUUCUGCCCUCUCUGAUCCGGAUCUGAAUCAGAAUCUGCGUCAGGCUGCUCAGCAGUAUGGAAGGACGCUCUACAUCCCCAGUGGUGCUUUAUGGGGAGGCCAAGACAUCCAGAGAAUGAAUGACAGUGGGAAACUGAAGGCUUUGUUCAUAAGAAUGUCCAAGCAUCCAUCCUGCUUCCGGCUCACAGGAGACGUCCUCAGCGAUUGGACGGAGGGAGAGGGCCGGCGAGUUUUAUUCAGAGGCUCGGUGGCAGAAUUGUGCCCACUUGCGCCAAACAAUGUGAACACCAUGGCAGCAGCAGCACUGGCAGCGGGAACGCUCGGCUUUGCUGGUGUUCAGGGAGAGAUUGUGUCUGAUACAGCGUUAAGUGACUAUCAUGUGGUAGAAGUGGAGGUCGCUGGGCCUGAUGGGUUCUCAGUGCACACAGUCAGGAGGAAUCCAGCCAAAAUUGGGGCUGUAACCGGCAGCGCGACAUACAACUCCUUCUGGAAUAGUUUACUCUUUUGCAAAGGUCACGGGGGCAGAGUUUGCUUGUGCUGAAGCAGGUGAGGACGGAUGGAGGAUUUACCUACAACACAGGAGGAUCGGCUGCAAAAUUCCAGAUAAAUUAGAUGGUUUACCGCAGAUACGCUGCGUGGACGGCGGAUCACUGCAUCGCCAUGUGACUGAGCAUUUAAAACCCACAGACUCUUGGAUGCGUGUUUCAAUAAACUGCAUGUGCACAACGAAAGAAGAGACAUUAUUAUUUGUAAAACACUAACAGGUGUAUGUAUUUAUAUAUAGAUAUAUAUAUUUCAACUUUAUUAUAAGUUCAUCUGGUGCAAGAUUGUAACAAAUGAUACAGCUCUUACAGGGAGUGAUAGUGAGUAAACGCCUGGUAAAACUUUUUUCCUUUUUCCACAUAGUUAAGAUUUCCUCCUUCUGUAGCCCUUUUUUUCUCUAAAGGUCUUCCCCCUGAAAACAUGGUUGCCAUCUUCACACAAAGUCCUGUUUUUUCACACCUCUUUUCCUUUCACAAAUAAAUAAAGGCGAUCUGAGGAUUAACCAUCUCCACACACACACACACACACAAACACACACAUAGUACGAGUAUGAGGUUGUUUACCAGCAAUCAUCACUGUGACACAAUAAGGCGCAGGAACAAAACGAAAAACACACACCUGCUGACACUAUUCUCCAGAUGACAGCAUUGUUUUCUGAUGCUACUUGUUGUUGUGCAUGUGUGUGCUCUGCAUCAUA